CGAUGUGUUUCCGAUUCCCGUGCGCCUUGUGUACGUGCAUCCGGCGGAGGAGCGUGGUAGGAAUGUGGACGAUCUUCGUUCUAAGGUAGCAUUCCGGGCCGUGCUAUUCGACAUCGAGGAUUCGGCCGAGCUUGCAAGCUGGCUCAAGACGGCUCUCACAGUGGACGCGGUCCUUACCUCCAAGGGAUGGAUGGAAAUUCCUAUGCCAGAUCCUGCGUCACCGCUUCCCCCAGCAUUCGAGCUCCAUCUCCGCAAGGCGCUCUUCGCAGAUGCUUGUGAUAACAGCAAGGAAUGGGCUCGCACUGUGUUACGCCCAUUUCCGUUUGCUGUCCUAGGAGUUGCCGACUUGCGGAGAGCGUUGGAGGAGCCACUGCCUUUGCCGCUUCCUGUUGGUCCUGCUACAUACGCAACUCUGGAUCCGAGCUGUGCCACUCAGUUCAUUCCAACCAGCCAGUACCCCGCCGAGAGGAUCUCCGCUUGCGUCACCACCUUCAUGAACUCGAGGGUGGCGUUUUGCAUGUCCGAGAAUCAAAGUUUCUGGGACUCGGCAUUUUGCAACUUGUGGAUGGAGCUGCUGUAUCUGUCGGAGAUCACCAGCGUUCAGCUCAACCGGAGUGUCACCGAGCUCUCUGGUGCUUCAACCGCAGACGCCCGUCCGGAUUUGCUGCUUUGGAUCUCGAACAGGCUCUGCGUCAAGUUUGAGGAGAAACGGGCAACUCUGGAAGAGGCGUUCCAGGACCUGACAAAGAAACUUGGCGUGCUUCCACCGCAGUACUAUGGACCCGUCCAGUGGAUGCUUGGGGUAGCACUAGCAGGUCCGGAGAUGGCAGGAUGGGCUGUGAGACAUGGGCAACAUGCACCAGAUGAUCUGUUUGGGCGCUUAAACAUGGUGUCACUCGGGGACAAGGCAACAUGCUUGCGACUCUCCGUCAACUUCCUCCGGAUUGCCUUGACAAUCUCAGACUUCUACAGCAAGAUGAAUUCUCUGCCGAGGCCAUUCAACGUGCUUCCUCCCGCCUCUUACGGCUCCCUCGGCCAGAUAGCCAGGACUCUGCGGAUCGUCUAUCCCAAGGUGAUCAAGGAGGUUCGUUCCUGGUCGCAGCAUGUUGCGGAAGGAUUCACUACGACGGCUUUGGUGACGCGAGCAUACGGGCUUGGCGCUGUGGGGCUGGUGUCCGGCGACGUCAAAGUCAGGGGUGAGCGAUACAGUGUGGUCAUUCAUUCGGUGGGAUACGAGCGCAUAAUUUCUCGUAAAGAUGACUUGUGGCCGGCCAUGCAGGACGUGCUUCACGGGCUGCAUGCGUUGCACCAGGCGGGCUUGGUUCACAGGGACAUCAGAUGGAAAAACGUCCUCCAGUGUCCGGCUAGUAAUGAGGGUUGGAUGCUCAUCGAUCUUGAGACGGUGUGGAAGACAGACUGUAAGCCGAGCUGCUGCUGGCUUCGCGCCUGGGACGAGAACACAUUGGUUGACGGCCUCUACACGCGGUCCUCGGAUCUCUAUCUUGUUGGAAGGCUUAUGGAGAGCUUUUCUGAUCUGUCACCCGAGGCCAAGGAGUUUCGGGCUAGGCUUUUACGGCACGGGUUCCGGAGUGCUCAGGAAGCGCUGCAUUACUUGAAGAACACUACUUUCUGCAAAAAUUAGGGUUUAUUGACGUCCGCGGCCGGAAGGUACUGGUUGCAACAUCUCCAAAUCCCCAGAACGUGAAGAAUGCUCAGACAGUCUUCAUGUAUCCUUGGGAUAGUGACGAGUUCGACGCCUUGACUACGCUCUGGGAGGAGGAAGCUAGCCAGUUGGACGUGAUGGAGCUUGAGGUUCAUGAGCAUCAAGGAGACGAUAAGGUGAUGGCAGCAAAGCUGACAGACGAGGCAAGGUUUGGGUAGCAGACACUUAUUACGGGUGGCUUGGUGGAGUUUCUCGUAUGCUUUGGCAGCUUGCGCCGCAGAUAUGGAACUGGAAAAGCUGGUGUAGUGCGCUCGAGGGGAGGAAUUUGGGAGAAGCAAUAGCUACUGGAGCACAAUCUCACGGCAUCUCGUGGAUGCUGUUACACCUCACCCAAAGCCGCUGACUGCCAGUACCUCAUCAAUUUUGCAUCGUCCAAGAUCAAGUACAAGUUCAUUUCAGCUGUCAA